AUCUUCUUCAACUUAUACCCUAAAAAUGGCGCCCAGGACUCAAAGAGAUUUAGAAGAGGAUAUCCGUAAAGGAAUUGAUAUUCUCGAAUCAUUCACAGGACGCGAUCCCAGGACAGUGAUCCCAAAGUCUAUUCUGGCUAAUGCUCAUGGACUAAUCCUCAUUCGAGUUUUUCGGAUCGGUAUGAUGGUCUCCACAAAGAAUGGCACAGGCAUAAUUAUAGCAAGAAAUCCUGACGGUAGUUGGUCCGCGCCUUCAGGUAUAUCGUUGACCUCGUUUGGCGCGGGGUAUCAGAUCGGUGCAGAAACAGUCAAUCUAGUGAUUGUAAUGAACUAUCGAGCUGCCAUAAAAGCAUUUGUUCAAGGUGGAGGACAAUUUCAACUGGGCGUAACAGCCUCUUUGGCAGCAGGUCCUUAUGGUUUAGCAGCUGAGGUAUCAGCAGGAACCAAUAAUGGAGACUAUGUUGCAGUCACAUAUUCAUACAGUUCAUCUAAGGGACUAUUUAUCGGAUACUCAAUGGAAGGAUCUAAAGUGUCUGAGAGGCCAAACACAAACAGUGCCUUUUAUGGCAGACCAAUUACUGCUAAAGAGAUUCUUGAAGGUGGUGUGUCAAGACCACCAGUAGCAAGACGUCUUUACGAAAUUCUGGAUAACAUCGGUGCUGGUCCUAGGGUGGGGGGAGGAUUUGGCCCUAAAACAAAUAGAAGCCCAAGUUUCUUAUCGCAAAAUGAUUCACGCUCUUUAUCACCCAAUCUGACAAACGGAAAUUUCGGAUCCCCGAUCGUCAACCCAAGUAUCAGAGGCGGGCAGACAGAAUUCCAACAUACCUUUGCGGAGCCACCGCCGCCUUAUGAACCAAGAAAGGAUGCAAUAAAUAAUGGCGAAGGGAGUAGUGUUGGCUAUAACAAUAGGUAUAGCGAACAAUCUUAUGAAAAUUAUCCACGUCACAACUAUCCGCCUAGAGACAUCGCAGACACUAGCAUCCAUCGUACCACUUCUUACAGUAGUAAAAAUACAUUUAACCGUACUGAAAGUAGCCAUAGUAGCCAUAGUGAGCAUGGCUAUAAUCAAUACCCUUACCAUAACGAGCCGCAUAUUAGUGAAAACAUGAAUUCAAACGAGGUCAAGCGCAGUGUCCCUCCGAUUCCUCAACAGGAACAAUCCUAUACUGUAGUGACUGCCUUGUAUGACUACCACGGAGAUCGAUCUAAUGAACUCUCUUUUUCUGCUGGAGACACAAUUAUUGUAACAAAACGUAACGGAGACCGGGAAAGUUGGUGGGAGGGAGAGAUUGGUAGUAAGCAUGGAGCCUUCCCAGCCAAUUAUACAGAAGACCUCACUGACUAGCAAAGCUUUGAAUAAACCAAUGUUUCAUUAUUACUAGUAUUAUUCUUUUGUAUAAUAUUUGUACCCAUUUUUUUUAUUAUUAUUUAUGAUCUUGUAUAUUAAGGCAGCAUGACUUUUAGGAUAAGACUGUAGAGUUGUUCACGGAGCUCUUUAUUGAUACAGAUACUAAACACCAUAUUUAGGAUAGUACCGAUUGCGAAAUAUAGGAGUCAUGUACGCAACCUCAAAUCAGUGUUAUAAUCAAUACUAUCACUGUAGGAAUAUAAUUUUACUUGAGCAUGUAGUGU